AUGUGGACGCCGCCGCCGCUGCCGCUGCCGCUGCUCGCCCUAGUCGCGCUGGCUGCCGCCCCUCUCCGCCUACACGCUCAAGAGUCCGCCUGCUGUUCCUUAGCCACCGGCUCGUGUCGUUCUGUGUGCCAGGAGGUGUCGCUGGUGAGGAUAGCAGCGGAUGCCGAGGAGCGCGAGCGGGCCGUGUCGCGAGUCUCCGCCGUCUGCCCAGACCCGCUGGUUUCCUUCUGGGAAUGUAUGAACAAGACAACUGAAGACAUGGUCCGCGGGGAGGCGUGGUGGGGCCGCGAGUGCUGCGGGCUGCCGCAGUCCGCGGGCUGCCAGCAGGCGUGCGUCACGGCCGCGGCUCGCCGCGACCUGGCCGCCAGCUGCCGCCACAGCGACGAGGUCGCCUUCUUCGCCUGCCUCGACCGCCAGCAGGUGAGUCGCAGCGUCUCCCACCGCCCACUGUCACACGUGCGGGCGUGA